AGCAAAGGGCACUCCUUGCUUUCCUGUCCCUGGAGGACACUGUUCAAGGCAACUGGUGUUAUAAUAAUGCCAUUGGAGUGAGUUGGAUUCAUUUCAGAAACUCCCUGCCUGAGCAGAGUGGUGACUUAGGUACGUGUAUGACUAAUAGGAAGAGUAAAAUAAAGAAAUAAACGCAUAGGCAGUGCUGACAACACCGCCCACUCUCCGUUUUAUGCUGUCAAGAAAGAAGGAGAGCAAAGUUGUAGUGGAAGAGGAAUUGAUGGGUGUGACUUAAGAGAGGUGUUGCCUUCUCCACAUGGUUAUAAGACAGGGAAGAUCUGCAGAGAUCUGCAGAGUCACCCAGAGCCAAAGCCAAGUUGGAGAGCCGAGGAAGCCUCUCAUCUUUGCACCAAGCCAGAGACGAGAAAAAAUCCAGAUACCAUGGGCAGGCAGAAGGCGAUGCUGAGAGCUGUUGGAGAAAGGCUGAGGAUCAGGAAUAAACUUCUCCGGGAGGCUCUGGCUGAAUUCCUGGGAACGCUCGUCUUCGUGACAUUUGGUUGUGGUUCAGUGGCUCAGAUUGUGCUCAGCAACGGGACCUUUGGACAUUUCCUGACAGUCAACUUGGCCUUUGGUUUUGCUGUGACACUUGGAAUCCUGAUCGCUGGACAGAUCUCAGGUGGCCAUUUGAAUCCUGCAGUCACUUUUGCCAUGUGCCUUAUGGCCCGGGAACCUUGGAUCAAGCUGCCAAUUUAUAUCAUUGCACAAACUCUUGGGUCAUUUCUGGCAGCGGGCAUCGUAUACGGCUUAUAUUUUGAUGCCAUAUGGGCUUUUGCUGGGGGCCAGCUCUUGGUCACAGGUCCUAAUGGCACUGCAGGCAUCUUUACAUCCUUCCCAUCAGGACAUUUGUUCUCUGUGAAUGGAUUCUUUGACCAGUUCAUUGGCACCGCAGCCUUGCUGGUUUGUAUCUUGGCCAUUGUAGAUCCCUACAACAACCCGGUCCCCAGAGGGUUGGAGGCCUUCACUAUUGGCAUUACCAUCUUGGUGAUUGGACUUUCCAUGGGCUUCAACUGUGGAUACCCCAUCAACCCAGCCCGAGACUUUGGGCCUCGUCUCUUUACCUCCAUUGCAGGCUGGGGCUCAGAGGUUUUCACGACUGGCCGGCAGUGGUGGUGGAUCCCAGUUGUUGCUCCUUUCUUUGGAGCCGUUGCUGGCGUCUUGCUCUACCAAAUGUUGAUCGGAUGCCACGAUGAGCCACCUCCUGAAUCCAGUGAUGAGGAAAACGUCAAGCUCUCCAACGUAAAGCAAAGAGAAGCUGUUUGAUGCUGCUGGGGAAAGCCAGUGCCCCCCCCCUUGAUGUGCCUAUGGACAUUAAAAAAAAAGUAAAUAAAGGACUGCAGUAACCAAAGAAAAAAGAAAGCAAAACAAGACAGGCACACUGCAGGAGUUUCCUCACCUCCUUUUGAGUUAGUCUUCUCUAUCCCCUUUUGGUUAGCCUUCUCCAUCUACCUUUGGGCCUGGAUCCAACAGAAUGUCAGAAGAGUGAAAAACUGCAAUGGUGCAGUAAGGUCAGAUCACUGCUGUCUGUUGUUGAGUGUCCAGCAAUCACUAUAGUUUCACACAAUGGGAUCCCAGUUAUGGUAUAAUUGCUUUCUGGAGUUGCCCAUGCACUUGCCUGCCCCUGUAUGGUAAAUUAUAGUCUCACGCUGUUUCUAUUGGGGAACAGGAGAUAAAACACAAGGCUGGGCAGCCUGAGACUGGGGUGCAAUGUUGAGGAGAUGAGUUAUGUGGUGGUUGUACAGCACCACUUCAUUAGUAAAUUGCAAAGUUGUGCAAUUGCGUGUACAGCCAAAUGUGCCAUGCACAAUGUGCAUCUGUUUGCAGCAAGUUUGCAUGGAUGUGCAUCAGUGUGCAACAUGUAUGCACACCCUUGCUCAAAGGCACAGCAUGUACAACUCCACUUCUGACACUUUGAACUCAAUAUGGCUGCUCCACAUCAGACAAACAUGUCCAACCACUUUUUAAAGAGUGAACAAGACACCAAUAGGAUUGCGGUCUGAGUUUCCAGUGCCUCCUUUUGCAAGUACUAAUAGGGUCAUUGCUCAGAAUGUCUUGGCUGACUCCUCCAUUGGAUGCAAGUUCAAAUGAUGUUUUACCAUUGUAAAUUGUAAAUAGUUUUAGGGCCAGCAGAUGGGUUAGGGUGAGGAAUCCUAGUGUGCACUUGCUGUGUGUUUUUAUUUUGUGGGCAAAAUUCCUUUGUAGAACAAAGUUCAUUCCAGUCCCAAUUUGAACAAAAGGCAAAGGAUUAUGAUCCAGUAGCAAUGACAUCAGGAUGAGAAAGGAGCAUGAAAAAUUAUCACUGGAAACUGCUAUUUAAAGAAAAGGUGGUGGAAAACACUGAUUUGUAAUGCAGGGUCACUUGCCAAUAGGCUCAAGAUUCAUUACAGGCCUUUCCCCCAAGCUUUGCAAAGCUUCCUCAUAUCACAAAUAUGGCAUUCGGCUUUUGACAAACCUGUGUGCAUGUGUGUACAUGUAGACCUGGGUCUUGCUUCAAGCUGCUUUUUUGUCUUUUUUAAAAUGUGCAUUUUCAAAGUUACCCCCAGGUGGUUUCUUUCAAGCCAGCCAGAUUACAAUUCUUCAUAGAGUAAAGCAGUUUUGAAACAGAUAGGCUUAAAAGCAUCCCAUACUGUGUUGGAUUGUUUCCCAGGGCUUUUAUUGCAACAGACACUAAUUCUAGCCUACUAUGUUCAUUGUGCAAUGCAUCUGUUAUCAGAAGGAAAUGGUACACAACUAAACCUACCUAUAUAUAAUAAAGAGUCAUCCCUGGAGGACUCAACAUCCCAAGAUGCAACAGUGCUGGGAUGGGGACAUUUUAAUCCCCCCCCCCAAAAAAAACCCCUGCAAAGGGCCUUGAAAACCUCCCUUAGGCUUGGCUGGGGAGAACAUAUUUGGACUUUCAUUCAAUUGUGGCUGAUGGUUUCUGUGUUAGUGGCAUGGUGAAUCCACAUGAGGUUUUAAAGUCAAAGCUUAACGGAGCUUCCCAGGGUGCUGGACCCUGUCCUCAAAAUAACUUCCACAUCUUGUGAAGUUCCUUUAAAGUUCAGAUUGAAAUCCAGAGCAGAUGCACCACCUCAUUGCCAUGACAGUCACUGGCCAUCCCUGCUUUCACGAUAGUGUGAUUGCUCAGUAGCCAGGCUAACAUUUGCCACACUGCAGAGAUGGUAAAACCGCUUUGGAUUGUGGUCUAAGAUGUUGCAUGGCAUGCUUGGAGCAGAAGAGCAAGCCUCAGGGAGAAUAAGGUUUUUGCUGGCAUUUCAGAAAGAUAUGACUUGGUUCAUGGUACUUUCAAAGUCCAGGCAUGUAAUAGUAAUGCAGCAUCUUAUGAGAACUUGGAAAGGUUGCAUUUUCUGAACUACAAGCUACAAAAUUUCCACAGUCAGCUUUUCCAGUCCCUCUAUCUUAUGAAUGUGGAAAGCUUCUAUAAUGAGUCACAUACUGUUGGCCCAUGUAGAUUGGCAUUGCCUGACAUGACCUUUAAUGGUUCUCCAAAGCCUCUGGCAGAGAAAAGUCUUCUCCAGUCUCUUAUACUGGAGAUCUUGGAGACAGAUGCCCAAAUGUGCCAUCUUUUUAGGCCACCUGGUCUACUUGAAAUGCCAACUUCUCCAGAUGGCCUCAGUAAUACCAAGUGGAUAUAGUGGGUUUGAACAGCACAAACUAGGUUGUGUUUUGUUUUGUUUUAGGAGGGAUGACUAGUUCUACACAUACACACACAGCACCCACUCAAUCUUCCUCAUUCAUCACUAAAAAAUGAAAAGGCAAAGCAUUGCAAAUCUGCUUGCAUUUACAUGAAUCAAGAGCUGCUUUACUGGGAACCUUCGACUUGUAAGAAAGAUCUUAGUAUAUGUGUUUUAAAAAAAUGACAACACCUGAUACCUUUUUUUAUCAUUUAACUUCUGCACAGUUUGUAAAGUCUAUACCAUUUGUAAUGUAUUUUCAAUUUUUUAAGAAAAUAAAAUAAAUACAUAUCUAUGUUGUA